AAGAGCUACCAGGAGAUGGUGAAGGUGCACACCAUUCCGGGCGAUGGGAAGAAAUGGGUCUGGGUCCCAGAUGAGCAGGAAGCCUAUCUGGAGGCAGAAGUCAAGGAGAUCAAAGCAGGCCGGGUGACUGUGGAGACCAAGGACCAGAAGAUCCUGACUGUGCGUGAGGCUGAUGUGCAGUCCAUGAACCCACCUCGGUUUGACCUGUUGGAGGACAUGUCCAUGAUGACCCACCUCAAUGAAGCCUCGGUGCUACACAACCUGCGGCACCGCUAUGCCCACUGGAUGAUCUAUACUUAUUCUGGCUUGUUCUGUGUCACCAUUAAUCCCUACAAGUGGCUCCCUGUCUACACUGCCCCUGUAGUGGCUGCCUACAAGGGCAAGCGCCGCACGGAGGCACCUCCCCACAUCUACGCCGUGGCAGACAAUGCCUACCACUCCAUGUUGCAAAAUCGAGAAAACCAGUCCAUGCUUAUCACCGGAGAGUCAGGAGCUGGUAAGACCGUUAACACCAAGCGGGUCAUUCAAUAUUUUGCCACCGUCGCUGCCCUGGGAGAGGGGCCGGGCAAGAAAGCCGGAACCCUCGAAGAUCAAAUCAUCGAGGCUAACCCAGCCUUGGAGGCCUUCGGAAAUGCCAAGACCCUGAGGAAUGACAACUCCUCCCGUUUUGGUAAGUUCAUCCGCAUCCACUUUGGACCGUCCGGAAAGCUGGCAUCUGCCGAUAUUGAUAGCUACCUCCUGGAGAAAUCUCGAGUGAUCUUCCAGCUGCCUGGGGAGCGAGGAUAUCAUAUCUACUACCAGAUCCUGUCAGGGAAGAAGCCAGAACUGCAGGAUAUGCUGCUGCUCUCUCUGAACCCCUAUGACUACCACUUCUGCAGUCAGGGCGUCACGACUGUGGACAAUAUGGAUGAUGGACAAGAGCUGAUAGCCACUGAUCAUGCCAUGGACAUCCUGGGAUUCAGUGUAGAUGAAAAGUGUGCCUGCUACAAAGUAGUGGGGGCCCUGAUGCACUUUGGCAACAUGAAAUUCAAGCAGAAGCAGCGGGAGGAGCAGGCAGAGGCUGACGGCACUGAGAGUGCUGACAAGGCUGCCUACCUGAUGGGGAUCAGCAGUGGGGAUCUUCUGAAGGGAUUGCUGCACCCCCGAGUCAAAGUAGGGAAUGAAUAUGUGACCAAGGGCCAGAGUGUGGAGCAGGUGGUGUUUGCCGUGGGGGCUCUGGCUAAAGCUACAUACGACCGGCUCUUCAGGUGGCUCGUCAUGCGUAUUAACCGGACCCUGGACACCAAGUUGGCCCGGCAAUUCUUCAUCGGGGUGCUGGACAUCGCUGGCUUUGAGAUCUUCGAGGUGAGCCGCAGGCUGCCGGCGCAGCCGCAGGAAGGCACCUCGGACCCCUGGCUCCUACGCCUUCGGGACCCAUACGCAGGAAAUGUUUGGGAGUUAAUCAGUGGGACCCAUCCCCAGCUUGACUUUUCUGCAGCCUUGGUUCCUCUCAGUUCUAGCUUCAUGUCUCUGGUUCCUGGGUUGCUGAUCGCUGCUGUCUGUCCCCUUCCCCUCCAGGAGCAGGACAACCUGGCAGAUGCAGAGGAGCGCUGUGACCUUCUGAUCAAGUCCAAGGUGCAGCUGGAGGCCAAGGUGAAGGAGCUGAGUGAGCGGCUGGAGGACGAGGAGGAGACAAACUCUGACCUCACUGCGAGGAAACGGCAUCUGGAGGAUGAGUGCACUGAACUCAAGAAGGACAUUGAUGACCUGGAGCUGACGCUGGCCAAGGUGGAGAAGGAGAAGCACGCCACGGAGAAUAAGGUUCGUACCUUAGUGGAAGAGAUGGCUGGGCGGGAUGAAACGGUCGCCAAGCUGACCAAGGAGAAGAAAGCCCUGCAGGAAGCUCAUCAGCAGGGGCUGGACGACUUACAGUCCGAGGAGGACAAAGUCAACACUCUGAGCAAAGCCAAGGUCAAGCUGGAGCAGCAGGUGGAUGACCUGGAAAGUUCCCUAGAGCAAGAGAAGAAACUACGCCUGGAUGCAGAACGGGCCAAGCGGAAGCUAGAGGGGGACCUGAAGCUCACCCAGGAGUCAGUGGCAGAUGGAGACCGUGACCGGCGGCAGCUGGAAGAGAAGCUCAAGAAGAAGGACUUUGAGAUGAGCCAGCUAAACUCCCGGAUUGAGGAUGAACAGGUGCUCGGAGCCCAGAUGCAGAAGAAAAUCAAGGAACUCCAGGCCCGAGGAGAGGAGCUGGAGGAGGAGCUGGAGGCCGAGCGGGCAGCCCGGGCCCGGGUGGAGAAGCAGCGGGCAGAGAGUGCCCGGGAGCUGGAGGAGUUGAGUGAGCGGCUGGAGGAGGCAGGCGGGGCAUCAGCCGGGCAGCGAGAGGGCAGUCGGAAACUGGAAGCAGAUCUGGGCCGGCUGCGGCGGGAGCUGGAGGAGGCCACCCUGAGGCACGAGGCCACGGCGGCGGCCCUGCGCAAGAGGCAGGCCGACACCGCCGCCGAGCUGGGGGAGCACAUUGACAGCCUCCAGCGGGCCAGGCAGAAGCUGGAGAAGGAGAAGAGUGAGCUCAGGAUGGAGGUGGACGACCUCAGCGCCAACGUGGAGGCCCUGACCCGGGGCAAGGCCAACGCAGAGAAGCUCUGCCGGGCGUCUGAGGACCAUCUGGGGGAAGCCAAGGCCAAGGUCGAUGAGCUGCAGAGGCAGCUGGCGGAUGCGACCGCCCAGCGGGGGAGGCUGCAGACUGAGAAUGGAGAACUGAGCCGUCUGCUGGAGGAAAAGGAGUCCCUGAUCAGUCAGCUGAGCCGUGGGAAGACCUCGGUGACCCAGAGCCUGGAGGAGCUGAGGCGGCAGCUGGAGGAGGAGACCAAGGCAAAGAGCGCUCUGGCCCACACCGUUCAGGCAUCCCGGCACGACUGUGAGCUCCUCAGGGAACAGCACGAGGAAGAGGCCGAGGCCCAGGCAGAGCUGCAGCGGCUGCUGUCCAAGGCCAACGCGGAGGUUGCCCAGUGGAGAAGCAAGUAUGAGGCCGAUGCCAUCCAGAGGACAGAGGAGCUGGAGGAAGCCAAGAAGAAGUUGGCGGCUCGGCUCCAGGAGGCAGAGGAGGUCGCCGAGGCAGCCCAUGCUCGAUGCUCAUCCCUGGAGAAGGCGAAGCUCCGGCUGCAGACUGAGGUGGAUGACGUGAGCCUGGAACUAGAGCGGUCCACCUCUGCGGCAGCUGCCCUGGACAAGAAGCAACGGCUUCUGGAGCGGGCCCUGGAGGAGCGGAGGCGCCAGGAGGAGGAGACCCAGAGGGAGCUGGAGGCUGCACAAAGGGAGGCUCGAAGUCUGGGCUCAGAGCUCUUCCGGCUCCGGCACAGCCAUGAGGAGGUGCUCGAGGCCCUGGAGACCCUCAAGAGGGAGAACAAGCACCUACAGGAGGAAAUCAGUGACCUCACUGAUCAGAUCAGCCUGAGUGGGAAGAAUUUGCAGGAACUGGAGAAGGUGAAGAAGUCAUUAGAGGGAGAAAAGAGUGAGCUCCAAGCCGCACUGGAGGAAGCUGAGGGAGCUCUGGAGCUGGAGGAGACAAAGACACUGAGAAGCCAGCUAGAACUGUCCCAAGUGAAGGCUGACAUGGACCGGAAGCUGGCAGAGAAGAAUGAGGAGAGUGAGAACCUCAGGCGAAAUCACCAGCGCACAGUAGAGUCACUGCAGGCUUCACUGGAUGCUGAGGCCCGGGCAAGGAAUGAGGCGCUGAGGCUUAAAAAGAAAAUGGAGGGGGACUUAAAUGAGCUGGAACUGCAGCUGGGUCAUGCUACCCGCCAGGCCAGUGAGGCCCACGCAGCCACUCGUCUGCUGCAAGCCCAGCUCAAGGAUGCCCAGGUAGCCCAGGAUGAGGCACAGCGGGUGGCUGGGGAGCUGCGGGAGCAGGGACAGGCCUUGGAACGCAGGAAUGGGCUGCUGCUGGCAGAACUGGAGGAGCUCCGGGCAGUACUGGAGCAAGGAGAGAGGGCCCGGAGGCUAGCUGAGCAAGAGCUGCUUGAGGCCACUGAGAGAAUAAACUUGUUGCACUCCCAGAACACAGGCCUUGUCAGCCAGAAGAAGAAAUUAGAGGCUGACGUGUCACAACUGAGUGGAGAAGUGGAAGAGGCCAUGCAGGAAAGCCGUGAGGCUGAGGAGAAGGCGAAGAAAGCCAUCACUGAUGCAGCCAUGAUGGCUGAGGAGCUGAAGAAGGAACAGGAUACCAGUGCCCACUUGGAGCGAAUGAAAAAGACACUGGAGCAGACAGUGAGGGAGCUCCAGGUUCGGCUGGAUGAGGCCGAGCAGGUGGCCCUCAGGGGCGGCAAGAAGCAGGUCCAGAAGUUGGAAGCCAAGGUCCGUGAAUUGGAGCUGGAGCUGGAUGGGGAACAGAAGAAGAAUGUGGAGGCCCAGAAGGGCAUUCGCAAACAUGAGCGCCGAGUGAAGGAGCUCACUUAUCAGGCUGAGGAAGACAGGAAGAACCUGGCCCGGAUGCAGGAUCUCAUUGAGAAGCUACAGAGCAAAGUCAAGAGCUAUAAACGCCAGUUUGAGGAGGCGGAGCAACAGGCCAACUCCAACCUGGUGAAGUAUCGGAAGGCUCAGCACGAGCUUGAUGAUGCAGAGGAACGGGCAGACAUCGCAGAAACCCAGGUCAACAAGCUUCGAGCUCGCACUCGGGAUGCCCUGACCCCUAAGCAGAAAGAAUGAAGCCAUGGAAGCCACCAGGCCCUCGGGGGCCCGAGCUCUGAAGAGGAAUGGUUGCUGCAACAGCUCCACAGAGUCCUGCCUCACUGCUAUCCCUAUGACCUCCAAUCCCAUCACUUACUGUAAUUCCUUCUCCAAGCCCUUCUAGUUUCCCAAAUAAAGGCAACUUCUUUUAAUCCA